AUGUUACAAAAUUUACAUAUUAUAUCCAAUAAAACUUUUAAUAUAGAAGAAUAUGGAACCGUUAAAUUUGAUUGUCUAAUCGAACCAUAUAUAUUAGCUGCAUGGCGUAUAAGUUUACGACAUAAUAAUAUUUAUCGAUAUUAUUAUACAAAUUCAAAUUUUCGACAUAAAUUUUUACAACAAAAUGAAAAUGAAGAUAAAUCAAGAGAUAUUAUAUUUGAAAAUAAUAUGCAUACAAUGAUCUUUUUCAAUGUACGACAAUGGAUAAAUAAUGCAUUUGAAAAUAUUCAAUGUGUUAUAUAUAAUAAUAAAACAAAUAUAUUUGAAAUAAUGAUUUUUUAUUUAAAUAUUUAUGUUACUCCAUUUUCAUUUUCAUUAAAUAUCAAUGAUAUUUCUAUGAAUGAUCAAUCUAUAUUUUGGUUUUAUGAUACACAACGUAUAAAUAUUUUAUGUGAAAUAUAUUCUUAUCCUAAAUCAAUAUUACAAUUUAAUUUAAAUCAUCAAAUAAUUCAUUCAAAUGAAACUAUUGAUUGUUUAUAUGAUGAUCUUUCUACUAUUUUAUUAUCGAAUUCUUUAUGUAUUUUACAAACAAAUUGGCGUAUACGUGUACGAAUAAAUACUACAAUAUAUCUUUCAAAAGAAUAUAAUGAACAAAAUUUUACAUGUUCAAUUAUUAAUUUUCCAUAUGGAAAUACAUGGAAGCAUUCAACAUGUAUUCAAUUGAUUGAAAUCAAAGGUACGAGAUAA